AUGCAGCAUAGCCUACAAGUGCCGUCCUUCGUGGUUCUCUACUGCCUGGACAGUGGCUCCGACUCGUUACCUAACGGCUCCCUGAACUCCUUCUCUAUUGGAGGUGGAGGUGUUCUGACCCGCAUCACUCGAGUCUCGGCGCCUUUCAGCGAUGUCGCUGGCAAUCUUGUCACGACAGAGUCUGGAGCCCGAGGAUACGUCUCUGCUUCAUAUUGGCCAAUCAAGUUUACAUUUCUUGGCAGGAACCGAAGCGCGGCCGGCGUCUUUGCGCUCAGCCACGAUGGCGCCCUCCCGGGUAAUGGACCCCUCAAGAGUUCGCCCCGACCCUCGAGGCAUCUAGCCCGAGUGCCCUCCCUCCAAGACACAAGCUACCUACAUCACGUUAUCAUCGACCCAAAAAAUCAAUACGUUCUGCUUGCUGAUCCUGGCGGUGACCGGGUCCGCGUCUAUACCAAGGAUCCGACCAGCAUUGCUCCGAUAAAGGAGGUCGACGGGUUGGCGACGGCUCCCAGCGCCAGCCCCCGCCACGGCGUCUUCAAAACUGCAACCAACGGCGAAGUCUUCUUCUUCUUCGUCAACAGCGAGCUGGACCGGAACAUCUACUUGUACAGGCUAAGGUACAAUGAGUCUGGCCUUGCUUUCACUGAGAUCUUCUCCAUUCCGGCUAUCAACCCUGACUGCCCUGCGACCAAGGCACCAACAAGCGAGAUUGCCAUCACAAACAUCCGCAGUGUUUUUAUUCGGAAGCGCGAUCUUGCGUCCGGCAAGAUUAUCGCUGAAGCUGAGGGCGGCAAAGUUGGUCAGAUCACACUCGCUGGCACUGUCGUUGCCACCAGUUUCGAUGAAGAUUGA